AUGACUGAAUUGGAUCAUUUUAAAAAAAGGAAGACUCGAAUAGAAGAUUCUAUUAACACUGAAGAGGGACAAAAUAUAAAUGUACAAUUUAUUGAUCCUGAUGGAAAUAAGACUGGAAGUGAAUUUGACUUGGAUCUAGCUACUACAACUAAAGAUCUUCAAAUUUUACUAAAUCAGGUUUUACAAAAUGAAGAUGAGACUUUAUAUAGCUUUUGUCUAAACGAUUCAAAUAUAGAAGUUUCAGGAUCUUUAAUUGAAGCUUUCUCUAAACUUGAGAAUGUUUCAACUGAGUCUGUUUUACGUAUUGUAUAUCAUCCUAUGGCACCUUUUAGAGUUUUACCUGCUACACGUUGUACAACAUCAUUUCAAGGUCAUAAUGGUGCUGUUUUAUGCUGUGCCUUUAGUCCUGAUAGUAAAUUAUUAGCUACAGGAUCAGGGGAUUCAACAGUCAGAUUUUGGGAUUUACUAACAGAAACCCCUGAAUUUACCUGUAAAGGACAUUCUAACUGGGUUUUGACAGUGUCUUGGUCUCCUGAUGGUUCAUAUUUAGCAUCAGCUGGUAUGGAUAAUUUAAUAUUUAUUUGGGACCCAUUUACUGGUAAACAAUCUUGUCCUAUUCUAAAAGGUCAUACUAAAGCAGUUGUAGCAUUAGCAUGGCAACCUCUUCAUCUUGUUGAAACUUCUAAAGAAAUACAGGGAAAUGGGUCAUUUAUACCAUAUUCAAAGUUGGUUAGUGCAUCAAAAGAUACUACUCUAAAAAUUUGGAAUAUUAUAAAUGGCACUAUAAUACAUACUCUAACAUCUCACCUUCAAAUGGUGACUCAGAUAAAGUGGUCAGGAUUUGAAUCUGGUUUUAUUUAUAGUUCUUCAAGGGACACUAUAAUAAAGAUUUGGAAACCUGAAACAGGACAACUUUUAAGGGACCUUAAAGGGCAUGGACAUUGGGUUAAUACCUUAGCUUUAAAUACAGAUUAUGUUACUAGAGCUUCAUGUUAUUAUCCUAUGACUAAAGAAGGAGUUAGGACUGAUUUUAGAUGUAUUGAUGAAAAGAUUCUUAUGGCUAGAAAGAUAUAUAAUUCUCUUAAACAAAAUUGUAAAUCUGAACGUUUAUUAUCGGGAUCUGAUGAUAAUACACUUUUUUUAUGGGAUCCAAUGGGUGAAAAUGGACGUAAACCUAUACAAAGACUUGUUGGACAUCAGAAACUUGUCAAUCAUGUUGUAUUUUCUCCAGAUGGAAGAUUUAUUGCAUCUGCUUCUUUUGAUAAAAGUAUCCGUCUUUGGGAUGGCUAUUCUGGGAAAUUCAUUGCGGUAUUGAGAGGUCAUGUAGGACCAGUAUACAUGGUAUGUUGGUCUGUUGAUAGUAGACUUCUUGCAUCUGCAUCAGGUGAUAGUACUGUAAAAGUUUGGCAAAUUUCUAAAUAUAAACUUAAAGAGGAUCUACCGGGACAUGCAGAUGAAGUUUAUGCUAUAGAUUGGUCUAUAGAUGGAUCAAGACUUUGCUCAGGAUCAAAGGAUAGACUAGUCAAAAUCUGGAGACAUUAA